AUGGUGCAGAAACGAGAAAGCCUGAACUCAGGGCUCAAACUUCUGCUGGUUUAUGGCGAAAGGCCAAAUAUUACAGUUCCUUCUUAUGCGAAUGAAAUUUUUGAAGAUGAGAGACAAGGAUUGUUUGUUGCAGCUCAUGACCAGAGAGAGGUCAUUCCGGCCUUUUCCGGGAUCUUCCUUCCACCAGGGUAUCAUACCAUUGUAAAACUUCGAAAGAAGGUGAUCCGCAGGAAAGAAAGUCCGUACCCUUCCAAUUGCAUUAAAUCUGGUCAAAAAACUGGUUUCAAUGUCUUUCCUGGCAAGGCUCGUAGAGAUAACUGUUUAUUUUCCUGUUUAGCAUUACGAGGCUAUCAGAUCUGUCAUGGUGUUGAUGAAAGAUUCCGUCCAUUUAUGAACAAGAAAGAGUACCCGAAUACCUUGAAUUAUACCGAUAAGAAAAUGUUUGAUUGCAUGUUUGAGGUUGUUCAAAGUGUCGACGCCGUGAAUUGUAAAUGUAAUGUCUAUUGUGACGAAGAGGUCUACGAGACUCAAACAAGUCGGGUUCCAUGGCCGCAACAAUGGAAAGCAGAGGAACUUACGCGCAUUUUCCCAAAUUUCACAAGUUCAACAAUAAGGCAAACGUUCAUUAAGCUGACUAUUUACUAUGAAGAAAUCAGCGAGUUUAGGUACACAGAGGAAGAGAAGUACAGCAUAAUGAAUGUUUGGACUGAUUUUGGAGGACAAAUGGGCUUGUUCAUUGGCGCAUCUUUGAUCUCUUUUGUUGAGAUUUUGUUGUUGCUGCUCGGUUGUCUUAAAAAAUGUUGGAAGAAGAAAAUUAAUGUAGUUUAA